CCACCUCCUACUCCAUGUAAUUAACUCUCUUCAUCCAUGGUCAAGAAGUUUACAAUGAAGAUGUCUGUUUACCAUGUGCUCGGCCGUAGCCGUACCAAGCUGUCUAUCUUAAUCUCCACCGUCACUCUCGCUGCCGUGAUCUUCAUGAUCUACGGUACAGAUUGCAUCAACUAUGAGAUUUCCGCUCAGCCUCUUCCGUUUGGUGAUAGAGAAAUUCCCGAAAGAACUGAUAAUGGAGGACUGAGAUCAAGUAUCGUUCAAGUGCAACUGCUUUCCAUGCAAGAAGAGAGUAAUCAUGAUCAUGAUCGUGAUCUUGAGGUUGACGAUGAGAGUUGGAAUCUUCUUGUUCCUCCUUUCAAUGUCAGAGAAGGAGAAAGAAUUGCUUGGCUGCGGCAAAAGCUGCCGAAGUUUGAGAUAUUCAAGUCAAACAACAUUACGCGGCUUUUUCACGGUCGGGUUAUGGAGUUUUUCAGCCGCGACUGCGAAAUUCGGUUCUUCAUGACGUGGAUUUCGCCGGCGGGGUCGUUUGGACGGAGAGAGUUCUUGGCGGUAGAGAGCCUUUUCAAGGCUCACCCACGUGGAUGUUUAAUGAUUCUCUCUAGAAGCAUGGACUCUAGACGAGGUAACAGAAUCCUGAAACCGUUACUUGACAGAGGGUUCAAAGUUAACGCCGUUACACCAGACUUGCCAUUUCUGUUCAAGAACACGCCGGCGAAAGCUUGGUUUAACGAGAUGGAGAGAGGGAAGAAGGAUCCGGGGAAGAUUCCGUUGGCUCAGAAUCUGUCCAAUUUGUUGAGGCUUGCGGUUUUGUACAAGUAUGGAGGUGUUUAUAUGGAUACGGAUUUUAUACUCUUAAAGCCGUUAUCGGAGCUGAGGAACUCAAUCGGAGCUCAGAGCAUGGAUAUGGAGACGAAGAGGUGGACGAGGUUAAACAAUGCAGUUCUUGUGUUUGACAUGAAUCAUCCGCUUCUGCUCAGAUUCAUGGAGGAAUUUGCGAGGACUUUUGAUGGAAACAAGUGGGGGCAUAACGGUCCAUAUAUGGUUUCCAGGGUGGUUGAGAGAGUCGGAAAUAAGCCGGGUUUUGGCUUCGCCGUCUUGCCGCCGAUGGCCUUCUAUCCGGUGGAUUGGAAUAAGAUAGGGAGGCUUUUCAAGAAGCCGAAAAACAGGGCCGAUUCCAAAUGGGUAAACGCCAAGCUUCUUCAGCUAAGCGGGGAGACUUAUGGGAUACACCUAUGGAACCGGCAAACAAGCAGAUUGAUAAUCGAAGAGGGAAGCGUCAUGGGAAGAUUAAUCUCAGAUCACUGUGUCAUUUGCCAACAGAUAUACAGUUCUUGAUGAAAUAUUAUAAACUUCUUUUUUUUC